UGUGCGCUCACGUGACCUCCGUGCGCCUGGUAACAGCGAAAGCGUCUCUCGUGGAGAAGAUGAACUCGAGGAGCCGCGGAAGAUUUACCGCCGAAACGGAUCACGAUGCGCGAUAAAUCCUUCGUUCACGUACUUUCAACAAGCUCCGCCAUAACACGCACACAUGCGAGCCCUUCACAAUAACACUGACACACUGACAGCGAUAUCCGGCUAAGCGUCUUAAGGCUUGGGACGGAUUCAGGUCGCCCUCCCUGUCUUCCUGGAGCUCUCAGAAGCAAGCUGUGUCCAUACAUAACUGAACCCGAUACAUAACUGAUUACCAGCUUAUGCUAGAGACACAACAUCAGCAUCUGUUCUUGGCAGAUCCCAAAAGAGUUUGAAGAUGGCCUGUGCUGUGGAGAGAUGAGUGAGACCUCCUGAUAUCAGGUGAUUAGACGCCCAUACAGGCAUGGGGAAACUACAGAGCAAGUUUCGGCGGCGCUCGGACCUUUACAAGGCCAAAGAGGGGGCGGAGCUUGCACCUGUGCACCAGGUAGUGCAGUAUGAACCCGCUCACACAGAUGCCAUCAACUGUGUCGUCAGCCUGACCUCUGACCUGUGUGUGUCAGGAGGGCAUGACCAGGCUGUUGUUGUCUAUGACUGGAGAGCUGGAAAACAGUGCAAAUCAUUCCAGGGCCACAGCAGAGAGAUUACAAAGUUAUGCUGUUUUAAAGGAAGUUCCUUGAUCUUCAGUGCGUCCCGUGAUAAGACGGUGCUGAUGUGGGAUCUGGGUCGAGAUACAGAACCCGUCCAGGAGUUUUGUGGCCAUGAGCUCGUAGUUAACGGGGUAGCGGUAGGCCCAGAUGGCUCAAAGCUGUGCACGGGCUCUCGUGAUAACUCCAUGCGCCUCUGGGACAUUGAGUCCGGAGAAUGUCUGCAGAAAAACACCAUCUCACGUAACCUCAGUCAUAAGGUGGUGUGGAUUAUUUGCUAUAUUAAUGUUUUUGAUUUGUGUGUUGGUGUGUGUCUCAGGGUGUGGGAUAGCCGUACCUGGCAGGUCACUAACACAUUUCCGGCAAAGCAGUAUAUCCAGACACACUGUGACAUCAGCUCCAACUGUUACCACCUGCUGUCGUCCAGCAAUGGCUUUGGUGGUCAGGGUUGUGAAGCCACGCUGUGGGACCUCAGGCAGCCCGGCUGUAAGGUGGCUGAAUACAGAGGACACCUGCAGACCACGGCAUGCUGCGUGUUUGUGCCUCCCCGUCCCGGAUGUCCUGCCCUCGUGGCGUCAUCGUCGUAUGACAGCUCAGUAAAAAUAUGGGAUCAGAACACUGCAGCAUGUUUGUACACGUUAAUGCUGGACGGUUCAGGGCCUUUGGUGUCUCUGGCUCCGUGUGACUCCAGCAGUCUCCUGUGUGCCAGUUUUAACACAGGACUGCACCAGCUGCAUCUAGAUCAGGGAGCAGUGCCCAGCCUCACUGAAGUGGCUCGCUUCUGACGUCCAUCUGGACCGCCUGGAAAAUCAAACUGAUGAGUUAAAAU